UUCUCCAUCAACCAUGACUGACGCUGACCAGCCUCUGCGCAUCUUUUCCUCAGUCCCGAUAGAGAGUGAGGAGCAGCGUCGGAAGCUCGUUGAGCUAGAGAGGAAGAUCUUCGACAAACGCGAGCGCCAGGCAGCGUCCAUCCCCAAGGAAUGGUUGCUCGCGGAGCUCCCUCCAGCAGACCAGCACAACGUUUUCGACUUCCCGCGGGCUUGCGGCCUGCUCAGCCAGCAUGAGCUCGAGAUCACCGAGACGGACGACGUCUCUGUUAUCUUGAAGAACUUGCAUACCGGAGUCUGGUCGGCGGUGGACGUGACAACUGCAUUCUGCAAGCGUGCGAUCGUUGCGCAUCAGCUGACAAAUUGCCUGACGGAAAUCUGGGUCGAGGACGCACUGAAGCGCGCCCGCGAGCUUGACGACCUGUUCGCGAAGCAGGGACCUGUUGGCCCGCUUCAUGGUCUGCCUAUCUCGCUCAAGGACCAAUUCGACGUCGCUGGCAAGGAAUGCACAAUGGGCAUAGCAAGCUGGCUUGGACGUAUCUCUGAGGCAGAUGCCGCCCUGAUCACCGUUCUGAAGAACGCUGGCGCGAUCCCAUAUGUGCGCACGAACGUCCCGCAGACGCUGAUGCGCGGUGAGACGGACAACUGGGUGUUCGGGCUGACGACGAACCCGCACAACCGUACCUUGGCCGCGGGCGGAAGCAGUGGAGGGGAGGGCGCGCUGAUUGCGCUGAAGGGAAGCCCGUUGGGAGUAGGGACAGACAUCGGAGGAUCCAUCCGUAUCCCGUCCGCAUUCUGUGGUCUAUACGGCGUGCGGCCUACUAUGCGACGCUUGCCAUACUAUGGGGCGUCGAACACCUAUCUGGGCCAAGAGGCCGUCGAGAGCUCUUUGGGACCCAUGAGUCGCUCUCUACGAGGUCUGGUCGAGUUCGUGAAGGCCGUAACGAAUGGGAAUCCGUCGGACGUGGACCCCAAGGUGGUGGACAUGCCCUGGCGCGAGGAGCUAUACCAGCUACAGCGUAUCGGCGGUCGCAGCACCAAGCUCUGCUUCGCGUACUACGACAACGACGAGGUCGUUAUGCCUCACCCGCCUGUAAGGCGUGCUGUACAGAUGACCGUCGAUGCUUUGAAGAAGGCAGGCCACAAUGUCAUCAAAUGGGAGCCUUACCAACAUGGCUACGCCUACGACAUGCUUUCUCGUAUCUUCAACUCUGAUUAUGGGGAAGAUUUUGACAGGAUUAUGAGCGAGGCUGGGGAGCCGCUCUGGCCAAGCAUACCUUACAGACCAUACCCUCGUAUUACUGUCUGGGAGGCCUGGCAACUCAGUCGCGAGAAGGAGGCCUUCCGCAAGAAAAUACUCGAUAAAUGGAUCGCCACCAAGGAGCUAACAGGGACUGGCCGCCCCAUCGAUGCGCUACUGUGCCCUGCGGCGCCGAGCGCGGCACCGCCGCACGCCCAGUUCGAGUAUACGGGCUACACGUCGUUCUUUAACUUUGUGGACUUGCCGGCAGCCAUUAUCCCUGUGACGCGCGUAGACCCUGCGCUGGAUGCCAAGGACCAAGAAUACACUCCGAAGAGCGAGUUGGAGGCCAAGGUAUAUGGGAUGUACAGCCCGGAGACGUUCAGGGACGCGCCGGUGUGCGUACAGCUUGCGGGGAGGCGGUUCCGGGAGGAGGAGUUACUGGGGAUCUGCGAGAUUGUGGAUGAGGCGCUGAAGGUCCACAAGUCAGGCUAACUUUCAUUUGAGGCGGAAUACUAGAUCAUACAAGGCGGAAUAGAGGUGAAUUUGUGGUGGUGUUAUGGCGAAGGGGAGGUUGUGUGCGCGAAGUUAGGGCUGAUAGAGUGCAACCGUGGGCGCAAUCUGCGUGCUGGGCCAAGGAGGGGUGUCGAAGAGGGUUCGCUAUCGGUGGAGGUGACGAGAUAUAUCGCGAUCGUAAGUACAACGGCUGCAAGGAUAAAUCGCCCCGCCAGCCAGUCGGACG